UUACAAAUAAGAAGAAGACCCCUAAAGUGACGGUAUAAAAGUGAAAUUAUUUCAACUGGGAAAAAUAGUCUUUUGGUUUGGUUGCGUUUGUUUAAACGUGUGGGUGUUUUUUUGGUUUUUUUAAAUAAUUGGAAAAAUGAAGAUGAUUAUUGUUCUCGCCGCCCUUUUGGCUGUCGCCCUUGCCGCCCCCCAAGUUAACCCUCAGGACGCCCAAGCUCAAGUUUUGAAGUACGACAGCGACAAUACUGGAAUCGAUGGGUACAAUUUUGCUUUCGAAACUAGCAACGGCAUCUCUCAACAAGAACAAGGCACUUUGCAAAACGCCGGAAGCGAAAACGAAUCGAUGCAAGUCAGAGGCAGCUUCAGCUACACAGGAGCUGAUGGCGUCACUUACACUGUGACGUAUAUAGCUGACGAAAACGGUUUUCAACCGCAAGGAGCUCAUUUACCUUCUAAAUAGAAUUCUAUCUAAAUUUUUUAAUAAUUAAGGUGGCAGAAAGCAAAUAAUUCUUCAACUUUUAUUAGAAAUUAGAUUCUUUUUACUCUAUUAUGCACUGUUUAUUUAUUUUCAUUGCACCUUCUAUAAUUUUGCUUUCUGGAAGCCUUAUUUUAUUUUGCAUGUAAUUUUGUGAUUGAUUUUUUUUUUAUUAUUUAUUCUUGCCACUGUAUAUUGAUGUACUACACACAAUACAUUGUAAAUACACUUUUACUAUUUUUGUGAAAAAAUAAAAGAACAAAUUAUUUUUUAA